CAGGACCCGAUGGGAGCCGCAGCAGCAGCAGCAUAUGUUUACCGCGUCGUUUGACACAACAAUCGCCGCAGUGGUUGAGUAUAGCUUUCCAUUGAAAAAGAUAGGCAGGGCAAAACGCAUUGAUUGCAGUGUUCCGGGUAAAACGUACCUUUCUGGGCUCCCAUGCGUGGAGAGGACAUGGCCGUGGUGGCACGCGUAUCGCUGCUGGACACAUUAUUCGACGAGUAUGAUGCCAUAGUACUUUAUCGAAUAGCACACAGGCUGUACAGUGUGGAAGUUGUUUGUCGCUUCUGGGCGCUGGAUGUUCCCGGUGCAGUGCGCGCUCAAGGGGGGACAGUCAACAAAGUGAAGCCCUACCGACAACUGCUUACAUCUGCCGUCCUGCUCGAUAGCAAACAGGCCGAUCUCUAUAAUGCGGUCAACAGAGUCAUCUUCCAGCUGACAGCACAGAAAGCCAACUUGAACCGGUGGAAUCCUGUCUAUCACCGGGCACUGGCACUGGCACACAGACUGGAUUGAACUGCCACUGGAGUGGCUCUGACGCGCAGUUGCAGGCAAAAAGUGGGAAACUUGUACAGCCAACAAACUCGAAGCCAAGCCAGCUCGCGGCCACAACCGGCGAGCACGUGCCCAAACCAGCGCUUUGAUACGGGACAAACUGCCCAGGUGUUGACAAAACAUGCGCAGUACCACCCAGAUACGAUGUUACAAUUCCAUCCGAACAAUGGGUACACGGUAUUGUUGCAAUAAUAUAAUAUAGACACAGUACAUGUACACAUGGGCCGAUGCCAAUGACACUCUACCAGACGAAUACG